AUGUUUAUUACCCCAAAAAAAUGCAACAUUUCAAAGUCAUUAAUGUGUGUGUGUGUGUGUGUUUUUUUUUUUUUCUCCAAACAAAAAAUGACCCAAAUUAUGUUUGAAACCUUCAAUGCCCCAGCCAUAUAUGUGGCCAUCCAAGCUGUGCUGUCUCUGUAUGCAUCUGGUCGUACCACAGGUAUUGUGCUGGACUCUGGUGACCGUGUUACCCACACUUUCCCCAUCUAUGAAGGUUAUGCUCUGCCACACGCUAUCCUCCGUCUGGACUUGGUCGGAUGUGAUCUCACAGAUUACCUGAUGAAGAUCCUCACUGAGAGAGGCUACUCAUUCACCACCACCGCUGAGCGUGAGAUUGUCCGUGACAUCAAGGAGAAGCUCUGCUACGUUGCCCUGGACUUCGAGCAGGAAAUGGCCACAGCCGCUUCUUCUUCCUCCCUUGAGAAGAGCUACGAGUUGCCCGACGGUCAAGUAAUCACCAUUGGUAACGAGCGUUUCAGGUGUCCCGAAUCUCUGUUCCAGCCAUCCUUCUUGGGUAUGGAGUCUGCUGGUAUCCACGAAACCACCUACAACUCUAUCAUGAAGUGCGAUGUUGACAUUCGUAAAGAUCUCUAUGCCAACACCGUCUUGUCCGGAGGCACCACCAUGUUCCCUGGUAUUGCUGAUCGUAUGCAGAAGGAAAUCACCUCCCUGGCCUCCAGCACAAUGAAGAUCAAGAUCAUUGCACCCCCUGAGCGUAAUUACUCCGUCUGGAUCGGUGGCUCCAUCCUGGCUUCCCUCUCCACCUUCCAACAGAUGUGGAUCUCCAAGCAGGAGUAUGAUGAGUCCGGCCCAUCCAUCCCCUAA